UCCUGCCAUUUCUCACAACAGCCACAGACUAGAGCGGAUUUUACAAUUCACUUCGUCGCUCGCUUGCUAGUGCGGUGGUUGUGUGCCGCAGCUGGCUCGGGCAUAACCUUCAGAAGAAUUGUUUACAAAAUAAAGUCUAACAGUACCCUCAAUAAUUAAAACUUUUAUAAAAGUGAAUUAUUUUCUAUUUCGCCGUUCUUAAGAUCUGGUGUUUUCAAACUUCGCUGCCGCCGAUGGAGUAAGCGAUAAUGGGGUCGUGUUGUAGCAAGGAGCCGCCGAAUACCGGUCCUGUGGAACCCUACGUUCCGUCACCAGUCGCGGUGCCGUCCACCACCCGCGGCAUAACCGAGACCCGUGUAGCAGCCCCUAAGUUGGUCGUCGAUCCAAGAAUCGUCGAUGAACUUAUUCUCGAGCUGCUCGCAUUGAUCGCAUCCUUCGUGGACAACGAAGAGGAAUCCCCCGUCUCCUUGGUGAAGCUCCACGUCAUUGCUGAGAAGGAAGAAGGAUGGUUCCAAGUGGUAACCUCCAUGGUCAGGAUUAUACCACUCGAUAAUCCCUUGGGGCCGUCAGCCAUAACCAUCGUCUUCGAUGACUGCCCCCUGCCCUCCAAAGAGCAAGUAAUUAAGCUCACUCAGAUGCUCGGAUUGUCGGCCAUGCGCGCCCUCGCGGCCGAUAUAGACGUACAAGUCGAGCGCAACAUUUGCGUUGUGCUCGGUUGUAUCGCGGAUAAGUUGGCCGGCCCUAACAGCGUCGCCGUGCUGACAGAAGAAACUCUUGAUUACAUGCUGUCUUUCCUGAUGUUCCGACGUGAGCCGCGGAUUGUACUGUUCGCUCUGAUAGCGCUUGAAAAAUUCGCUCAUACUACUGAGAACAAGCUGACUAUAAAGGAGCGCCUCAACAAGGAGGAUGACAAUCCUCUGUUGCUCCUUGAGCGUCACGCCAAUAGCCAGGACUAUACUUGGCGCCAGGUCGGAUUCUGUGCCAAAUGGGCACUGGACAACCUGUUCACCGUGGAAGGCCGUUGCUUGAGCUACCAGACCGUUGACAUGUCUAAGAUAAAUGCCCUCAUGAAUACCCAGGAUGUGAGCGAAUACUUGAAGAUAUCUUGCGACGGACUGGAGGCCCGUUGCGAUUCAUACUCUUUUGAGAGUGUACGCUGCACCUUCCCGGUGAACAGCGGCGUCUGGUAUUAUGAGUGUUUGAUCAUCACUCCAGGUGUUAUGCAGAUUGGAUGGGCAACAAAAAGUAGCCACUUCUUAAAUCAUAUAUGCAUUAACCAGAAAGGCAAGAUCAUUAAGGAGGGAUACGGUAUAGGAGACGACAUAUAUUCUUUGUCGUACGACGGCUGCCGGCGCUUGAUAUGGCAUGGGGCUAAGCCGACCCCUGUGCCUGAUGUGGAAGGAUGGCGCCCUGGAGACAUAGUGGGGUGCCUGAUCGACAUGGACGCCGAAGAGGCGAUCUUUACUGUAAAUGGAGUUCACGUCCGAACUUGUACACACCUGUUCGAAGUAUCUCGAAGGAAUAACGUUGACCUUAAACAAAGCAGUCAGGGAUUCUUCGCUGCGGCGUCUUUUAUGGCGUUCCAGCAGUGCCGAUUCAACUUCGGCGUGGAGAGCUUCCGUUACCCUCCCAACCGCCCUUUCAAGAUCUUUAACGAGCACGGAUCUUUAACCGAUGAACAAAAAAGGGUAGUGCCCCGCCGCAUCACUCUGGAGCUGCUCCGAGAGACGACCGUAAAGGAGAACGCCUGCACUCUGUGCUUCGACGCAGACUCUUGCUGCGUCCUGGAACCCUGCCAGCACAGGGGCUUCUGCUCGCUGUGCACUGCUCAGCUGAAGGAGUGCCCGAUGUGCCGCGCCGCGAUCUUGCAGAUCCGUGUAGAGAGCACCUGACAUGUGGACCCGGACGCGUCGUCCAGUAGCGAAUUGACCAGCACGGUCACGUUCAGGGGCUCGCCGACGCCGCGCUUCAACCGCCGUAAACGCAAACAGACCACCCCCGCCGGAUCUUCGUCCUCUUCUAACCUGAGCUCUGUCUGGUCUCCCUCCAAACCAGACUUGCCAAGCGAUGAAUGCGAAAUCGCCUAUGUAAGAUAUCCCUAGGCCACUGGCUGCUUGUCACACGUGCCUCUACUAUAUGUGUGUUGUUGUCCCUCUCUGUCCUAGCCAGCAUCGAGUACAUAACCCUGUAGUCGACUAUUGACCAACUAAUAAAUGAUGACUCAAAUAUAUCUUGAUUUAACUAACAAUUGUUUGAUUUUACAGUUGUUAUGUCGUGUCUCAAGUCCUAUAGGAACAGUCGAUAAAGAAAUGUAAUAUAACUAAUUUAGGAGUAACUAUACCGACUGUGAAUCAUACCUAAUUACACAUAUAAAUAGGUAUAUUUUGUUACGAAUAUAUUUUUUACAUUUUGAUCUCAUUUUUUCCAUACACAUCUCUAUAUUAGCGAUGUGUGUCAUACUAUAUUCUAUCUCACUCAUUUCUCCGUCCAGUUUUUCUUACUGUCAUUCUUAUUACCAUUGCGCUUGAGUCACCAGCUGUAUAAAAAUGCUCAGCCAAAGAUAUUUUGAUAAUAACAUCUUGAAAUUAUAUUUUUAUCAAUUAACAAGAAAAUAAUUAUUUGCAUUCAUCUAUUUAGUUAUGUACUCGAUGUCAGAAACGAAUGAAUAUAUUGAUUUGAAUGGUCUUACAAAAUGUUGAAACGUUUAGUAGAUACAAAACUACGAACAGCAUCGUGUAUAGACGGAUACACAAACAAAAUAGUGAAUGAUACUAUUAUCUCACUUCCUGUGUCAUCCGGCGUGUAUAUCGACAUACUAUCAGCUAAACGGAAUUAGAUUCUACUACUAAAGCUUACCACUUACAACGUAUUUUGUAACAUACACAGUAAAAACGUCUCCAUUAAUUUUGCAAGACCAAGAAUCAUUGUUCAUUUGUCCAUAGUCACUUUCAAAUAUGUCCGUGUCAGUGUAUUCGUGUUGGUGGUUAGUAAGUCUUUACAGUUCAAAUACUCUUGCGUAGUACAUGCCACGGUUACCGUAUGCUAAGUUUUGAGUAAAGUAAUAGUUAUUAAUAUUGACAAUAUUAACCGUGCCACGUACUUCAAUAGUGCUUGUUACCCCGCCGAUGUGAGAAUGCCGUCCCGUGUUAUAGCUUGUCACGCAAACGAAAGUAAAUAUCACAUUUUUUUAACAUGAAGCAAUCAAUCAACAUUAUAAUCAAUCAAUAAUUAUAGUCAAUGUCUAGUACAUUGUUAGAUUUUUCUCAUAUUCAUUAAUUGACAUGUUUGAAACAUAGGUAUUAUUAAAUUAGUUAGAUUAGUUUAGAUGAUGUUGAGGGCAUUUUGGCACAAUAGCUAAGUUUAGGCCCUUUUGGCCCGUUUGUUUGUCUUUUUAUAAUUAGUUCUCGUAAGCUAGUAACAGCCAAUAAACGCAAUGUUAUUAGUUUCAUGUCGUUGUUUGAGAAUGGUAUUAAAUUUUUGUAUGCAAAAAAUGUUUGAUUAGAUUAAUAAAUUAGAAAUUAAAAGUAUCAGUCAUGAAUUAGGAAAUACGUAAUUGUUUUCUUCUAUAACUUAUGAUACAAUUUCGUUAAUAAAUUAUAGAUUUAAAUUAACAUUCGAUAUGCUAUAACAAAUAUUUUUUAACCUUACAGUCUAGCGUAUGUAAUGACGCAAAAAGCGAAAUAACACCCCUUAAGUUAAUAUGUACAUUAAUAUCCGAUUGAUAUACACUUUCAGCGCAACUUCUUACGUGCAUAAAAACUUGAAGAUUUCGCUUGCGUGAUGCGCGGCUAUAACACAUUUGAUGUACGUACCGAAGCUACGUCGCGGCAUUUAUUCUUAUAUUUGUUGUGGAGUAGUUACCAAUAUGUGUCUGUGUCCCCCUUUACACUAGUAGCAGCAACCCUUCUCAGCGCACGUUGUGUCUCGCAGGUAUUCUUAUAUAUGUGUGAUUGUUAUUGUUCUCUGAUUGGAAAUUAAUAAAUGAAGUGAGCUGUUCGUUGGUUUAGAGGAUUUGACUUCAAAUCAAAUUGCGCUAACACCAAACCUGUACAAAAUAUAAUAAUAAUAAAUUAUAAUUACUAUACUAAACGAUAGUCAUUACUAAAUCAUAAUUGUUUAAUGAACUAAAGGUGAUGCGCUAUCAGUUAAUAUCAAAUCGCGCCAUCUAUCGGAAAGCCAUUCAACUUCGCCAGCGAGCAGCUCACUAAGCUUC